AUGGAGCGGGUCUGGGGGGCCUCGGCCCUCCUGUGGGCCGUGUUGGCUGCGGCGCACGCCUUCAGGAUGGAGAUCUCGCCCGAGUCGCCCGUCAUGGCCCCCAUCGGCACCGCGGUCUCGCUGACCUGCCGGGCGGACGGCUGCGCGGCGCCCGCCUUCUCCUGGCGGACCCAGAUCGACAGCCCGCUGGGCGGGCGGGUGCGGAGCGCCGGGCCCUUGUCCACGCUCACCAUGGACCCCGUGGGCUUCGGGAACGAGCACUCGUACCUGUGCACGGCCGCCUGCGGGGCCCGCAAGGCGGAGCGGGGCGUGGAGGUGCACGUUUACUCUUUCCCCAAGGCCCCGGAGAUCCACCUGCCCGGCCCCCUGCGGGUGGGGCAGCCGGCCACGGCCACCUGCCUGGUCCCCGACGUCUACCCGUUCGACAGGCUGGAGGUGGAGGUGCUGAAGGACGGCCGAGUCCUGAGAAGCCAGGAGUUCCUGGAGCCCAUGGAGAGCAAGUCCCUGAGGAACAUGAGCGUGGAGGUGACCUUCACGCCCACCCGGGAGGACACGGGGAAGGCCCUCGUGUGCCGAGCCACGCUGCACAUCCCCGAGGUGGGGGAGGAGCUCCGGAGGAGGGAGAGCACCAGCGAGCUGCAGGUGUACGUCUCGCCCACGAACACCACCGUGUCGGUGAGCCCGUCGGCCCGGCUGCAGGAGGGCGGCUCAGUGACCAUGACCUGCGCCAGCCGGGGCCUGCCGGCGCCGCGGGUCUCCUGGAGCAGGAAGCUGGCCGGCGGGCACCUGCAGCCGCUCUCCGGGAACGCCACGCUCACGCUGGUCGCCAUGAGGGCGGAGGACUCCGGGGUUUACGUGUGCACGGCGGGGAACCUGGCUGGCGAGGACCGGAAGGAGGUGGAGCUGCUUGUCCAGGAAAGGCCGUUCGCGGUGGACGUGGGCCCCGGGCCCCGGGUGGCCGCCCGGAUCGGCGGCGCGGUCACGCUGACGUGCGGGGCCGCGGGCUGCGCGGCGCCCGCCUUCUCCUGGCGGACACAGAUGGACAGCCCGCUGGGCGGGCGGGUGCGGCGCGAGGGGCCCCGGUCCACGCUGACGCUGAGCCCCGUGGGCUUCGCGCACGAGCACUCGUACCUGUGCAGCGUGACCUGCGGCCGCAGGAAGCUGGAGAAGGGAGUCAAGGUGCAGCUCUACUCGUUCCCCAGGGACCCGGAGAUCCAGACGGGCGGCGUGCUGGUGAGCGGCAGCCCGGCCACCGUGAGCUGCCAGGUGCCCGAGGUGUACCCGCUGGAGCGGCUGGAGAUGCGGCUACUGAAGGGGGGCCACGUGGUGAGGAGUGAGAACUUCCUGAUGGGCGCCGACCAGAAGUCCCUGGAGACCGGCCGCCUGGACGUGACCUUCGUCCCCACCACCGAGGACACAGGCGAGGCUCUCGUCUGCGAGGCCCGGCUGCACCUGGACGAGCUGGACGUGGAGGCCACACAGCGGCAGAGCUCACAGACGCUCCACGUGAACAUUGCCCCCAGCAACACCAGCAUCCUGGUGAGCCCCUCCUCCACCCUGGAGGAAGGCAGCUCCGUGGCGAUGACGUGCUCCAGCGAUGGCCUCCCCGCACCCAGACUCCGGUGGAGCAGGUGGCUUCCCAACGGGCAGCUGCAGUUCCUUUCUGAGAACACAACGCUCACCUUGGCUUCUGCUGGGAGGGAAGAUUCUGGGGUUUACGUGUGUGAAGCGAGCAGUCUGGCCGGGAUAAGCAGAAGUGAAGUUGAAUUAAUUAUCCAACAAGUUGCUCCAAGAGACAUUCAACUUAUAGCAUCUCCUUCCGAGAGCGUCAAGGAAGGAGACACGGUCAUCAUCUCCUGCACGUGUGGAAAUGUUCCCAAAGCCUGGAUCAUCCUGAAGAAGAAAGCCGAGUCCGGGGACAUGGUGCUCAAGUCCAUAGGAGGCGCCUACACCAUCCACAAGGCCCAGUUAGAGGACGCGGGCGUGUACGAAUGUGAAUCCAAAAACGAGCGUGGCCUGCAGUCCCGAAGUAUCACCCUUGAUGUGAAAGGGAGAGAAGGGGACAAGGACUACUUCUCGCCCGGGCUCCUCGUGCUGUACUGCGCGUCCUCCUUACUCAUCCCCGCCCUCGGGAUGAUCGUCUACUUCGCAAGGAGGGCCAACAUGAGGGGGUCCUACAGCCUGGUGGAAGCACAGAAAGCCAAGGUGUAG